AUGUCGAGUCCCUCUAAUAUUACAUUAUUAAACUUAUCAGAACAGCUGAAAUUUGAACUUGAUGAUAAGCUGAAAAAAGAUAUAUGUUUCGGUGAAACAUUAAUAUUCGGCUGUGGCCAUCAUGAAGGUGGCGUGGAAGAGGGCUCUUCAGAAUCUGAAUGGACUUGUCGUGAAUCUACUGUAAGCGAAUCAUCUAGUCAUGUUUCUUUAAAGAAAGAAUACUCACCAUCCCCUAUUAUCCUUGAGGACUCUGUAGUGGAAGAGGAGGAGAUCGAAGGUUUUCAUUUUUUUUUCUUCCCUGAUUGUAAAAAACCCCUACCACCAAAGGAUAGUACAGAUAGUAUACUAAUAGUUGAUGGUUUACCACAAGUAAACGUCAAUGUGAAAAAAAUUGAGGUUUGUACUUGUGAGAAGGAUGAGAAAGGACAAUGUGAAUGUUUUAUAAAAAUACCUUGUUAUUGUGGAGCGAAAGUAACAGCUGAAUGUACGUGUCACGACCAAAAAGAUAUAUGCAUUUGUAAACCUCUAGAACCGAGUCCAGUGUGCACGUGUGCAACUGAUGCUAAAGUGUGCACUUGUCAGCCUGGUAUAAUUUUACCGGAGUGCACUUGUGACAAAGUUGAGAAACCUUGUAUUUGUCGCCAUCGCACUUUUACCUUCCCUACUGUUGUAUGCGAAUGUAAAGGUAAACCGGGGUCAACUCCAUCUUCAAGAAGUUCAUUUCCUUCAUAUGAGGAAGGCGAUUAUAAUGGCGCAGAAAUUAUGGAACCACAAAGUAUAAAAAGAGUACCAUGCGAAUGUCAAAAACCGGAACCGAAACAACUAUGCUAUUGUACAAAAGGUCAAGAAUGUAUAUGCAAAACAAUUGAAUGUGUUUGUGGCGUACAGCGUACAUGUGUAUGUUUACCAACAGAGAGCGAAAGUAUUCAAUGUAAGGACGAACCAAUUGAAAACAAAUCUAUAUGCAGUUGUGACAAACCCGCGGUCUGUACGUGUGGUAGAACAAUAAGCCAAUGUACAUGUUUUCCUGUCAAAUUAUGCAAAUGCGGUGAUCCUGACAAUUGCAAAUGUUAUUCGGUGUGCGAUUGCAAAGGGGUAUGCCUCUGUGAUACAAAACCUUUAAUAACAAAGGCAUGCAUAUGUGUAGAUUCUUCGAAAGUUCCAGUGACAGACUUAGUCUGUACUUGUCCAAAGAAAGAAGACAAUAAAAUUCGAAAGGUUCGUGCAGGAAAACAUGGUUAUAGGUGGUGUCAUGAGGUAGAUCCACAUCAUACUUAUUUUGAUUAUGCAUAUGAUAGAUAUGACAAGAUAGAAAAAAAAGAAUCAGUCAUAGAAAACGUUGUCAUACAAGGCCUCCACGACGAACCAACUCAGGAAGAAGUCUGUCCAGUACAUGAAAUCAAAGCUCCAAAGUACGUGAAAAAAGUUAGGCGACCAUCUUUAGACUGCUGUAGUGCAGUAGGAGGAAUGAGUAUUACUGUGGAGUGUCUUGGGGAGGAUAAAGAUAAAUUACUGGUUCAAGUUGUAAUGCAUUCUUCAAAGGAAGGCGCUAAAACAGGCUCCAGACUUGUUAGUAUAUUAGACUGUAAUCUCCAUACAAUGGAAGAAAACAGAACAGAGCACAUUACGAAGAAUAAUCUUAGUAAAGAAAGACGUAGCUACAUGGCUAUUUGUGAUAGUGGUUACUACAAUAAACUAACACGUAUUUGUGGUGAAAAAUAUGUUGUAAAACGUAUCUACCAUACCUUUGAAGAGGCGCAUGAUUUUCUUUUGGAAGGUGGAAAUAUUGUGUUAUUGCGAUACAUUGCCCUUACUAGGUAUAGGGGCAAAAUUAAGACGGAUACUGUUAUGAUGGAUGGUCACAUCUGCCAAAGUAUUUACGUAUCCCAUGGUGUUAGUCAAGCUCUUGUGAACUCAACUGCUAUGUUCGUAGUGAAGGUUGAACGUCAUAUCAUUGAACCCACGGGAUACGUUCACCAGACGUUGACAGUGCUUACACUCAGAGGUCACAUUGUCAGUCAUGAAUGGGCAGAUAGCUGCUACAUGCUACACCUGAAUCCACUUUUGGAGGUAAUACCCGAAAAAGACCUCAUCGAAGAGCACGCUCCCCUUCGCAAGAAGUGGCGUGAAGAUCUGCAGCUACUCUCUGAUUACUUAGACUUCAAGACUGUACGUACGUCCGAGGGAGGUCGGUACAUGACAGAAAGUGGAGCCUUGACAGGAGUGGUGCGUGACUACCUUCAAGCCAUCUUGUUCUUGCGCCCUCAAGACACAGUGCGCUUCACCAGACACUAUUUCGGAUCGGUUCUCUCAGCAUUGGACAUUCCACACGAUGACUACUUUGACCCUGCGACAAGACACGUUAGAUACUAUUACUUUGAAGAGUGA